CACGCUCCUGCCGCCCGGCCGCCCGGACCCUCCGCCAAGCCCGCAGCCACCUGCUCCGGGUCUGAGGCCAGGACACGAUGCGCUUCGCGCUGGUGCUCUCAGCGUUUCUGCUGCUGCUGCCGCUGUCGCUCUCCCAGGAUGAAGUCAAGCCUAGUGGUCAAACAGCUGCCGAAGAAAGCAAGCCAGACACACUUCCACCAUCCAGUGUUCAAGACACAGUCAAACAAAGCACAGCCCCACCAUCCACUGACAAAACUGUGACUGCACUGGAGACCAAGGGAAGCACAGCCACAACGCCUAACACCUCAAGGGCAGUGCCGACCUCAGCCCAGCAAAGCACAACUGCAGCAGCCAGUGGCAAAGAUGAGAAACCAGCCACGGGCAGCCCUGCUAUAACUACUAAAGACCCAAAGGAUUCUACAACCACACCAACCACUGUCUCGACAAAGCCUGAAACCACAAGCAGCCAGAGUGGAAUUAAAAGCAGUUCAGCUAAAUCUGGAACCCAGAGUAGCCACAGUGUGACCACAAGCAGUGUGAUCACUAAGGAAGGAAAUCAGGCAGCCUCUGACCUUCCAAAUCCGGGUAACACCUCAGUCAUCACGCCUGCUCUUCCUUCCGUGCCCACCCCGGCAAGCACUCACCGGCCUAGCACCGUCCCUGUGACUUUGGUCCCUGUGACUUCAGCGCCUGCAGGGAGCUCCGAGGGACCAAACAAAAUUACAGCAGCUACAAGUUUAGGCACAAUGGCGGGUCCCACCUUCACGAUGCAGGGGACACUGACCACACUAACACCAUGGGUUACCUCACAAGGAACUCAACACACCUCCAGCAAGACGCCAGCUGUCACUGGCACCUCUGAGGCUGUGCAGCCUACAGGCUCUUCAUCGGGACCUGGGACCACAUCUCCUGCCAGGGGACCCACGAGCUCCAACACUCAUUUGGAGUCAACUGUCCUCCAAGGCUCCAGUAUCCCUUCUCCCACCUCAGUAAUUCCAGCAGGUGUGGGACAGAUACAGUGCGAUUCUCCCGAAAAGCUGAAUGAGAAGAUGCUCGUCCUGAACGUCUCGAAAACUGAUGUCUCGAAAACCAACAUCUGUAAUGCGACCGCUUUGAACGACAAACUGAUCACACUUUUGUGCCGAGCAGCAAAAGCCUCCUUCAACCCAGCGCAAGAUCAGUGCCAUAUACAGCUGGCACCUGUUCCAGAAAUCCAGGCAGUGGCGAUCAAGCAAAUCACUAUCUGCACAAAACUCUUUCCCACGGACGUUUAUGAAUUGCUGAAAGACAAAUGGGAUGACCUAAAAGAGGUGGGAGUCAAUGACAUGCAGUUUGAGGGUCAAGGACCACCAGAAGAGACCGAGGACCGGUUCAGCAUGCCCCUCAUCAUCACUAUCGUCUGCAUGGCAUCCUUCUUGCUCCUGGUCGCGGCCCUUUAUGGCUGCUGCCACCAGCGCCUCUCCCAGAGGAAGGACCAGCAACGACUAACAGAGGAGCUACAGACGGUGGAGAAUGGUUACCACGACAAUCCAACCCUGGAAGUGAUGGAGACCUCCUCAGAGAUGCAGGAGAAAAAGGUGGUCAGCCUUAAUGGGGAGCUGGGGGACAGCUGGAUCGUCCCCCUGGACAACCUGACCAAGGAUGACCUAGAGGAGGAGGAAGACACACACCUCUAAUCAGGUCUGCUGGCGGCCUCCGACGGUGCACAGAGCUCCAGCCCAAGCGCCUCAAGUGCCAUGUGGACAGGGGAGGAAAAUCCUUCCCCUUCGAGGGAAAGACUGGGGAGGGAGAGCAGACUCGGAGGGUUCCCUCCCCCCAAUCCCCACAGGCCUUAAUUUUUCCCUUUUCAAGCUGAACAAAUCACAUUCUGUGUAGAAUCCUCUUGUAAAAUAACCCACUAGUGCCUGAGCUCAGUGCUGCUGGGAGAUCAGGAGAGAGCCAUCCAGGGGACUUUAGAGACCAUCUAAUAGAAUCCCUUCAUUUCACAGAUGAGAUGACUGAGGCCUAAAGAAGGUAAAGUCAAGGUCACACAGCCACCGGGUGACAGAGUCAGGAUGAAAACAGAGAUCCUUCAUUCAGUGCAGGCCCAUUGCCACCAUGCCACGCUGCCGUGAUCACCUAUGCCCUCCCUCCAGAGCUGCCCUGGGCAGGGGGGACGAAGCUGCCAGUCAGUGGAUGGGAUGGAGGGGAAAGCAGGGCCAGACCCUGUCGCAGUGGGAUCUGAUUACUUGAAAGGAUAGGUCCUGUUUUCUGUCUGUCUCCUACGCCAGCCUUGUCUGCCAGUGUUCCUGUCCUCUUUGUUCUCCCCCCUCCCUUCACUCAGUUUUCACUCCCACUCUGUCCCAGGGCCCCUGGAGUCUAGUUUCCUGGCAUGUGCUUAUGAGAUUGGGACUAACACAGCACACAAGGCUCCCAGUAUGAACAGGUCUGCACAUGGGUCCAUCUACAGGUAAAGAGAGAAAGGGAAGCCUUUCCUCCCAGGGUGGGUCCCGGCCCACCUCCAAGGCACUCCUUGAAUAGACUCCCCGAGUGCUGCUUUGGUCUCCCAUUCCCACCGGGGACUAAGGUCUGCAGCAGCUAUUGAAGGCCAGUUGUUCCUAUUUCGUUGUCACUGCCCAGCCGAUGCGAUGGGGUGAAGACCCCAGCUCGGUCAUCCCUGAGAUCCAGUGUGAAAGAGCAGCUUUAGGACAGAGCUUCCUGGUGCCCAGUCAGCAGAGAGGUGUCUGAAUAGACAAUCGAUUGAAACAGCAGGAAGGAUAGGCUUCACUUGCCAUAUCAUAGGAAAUUCAGGGGCUUUGCAGGUUGCUGAGAGUUUUGUCUUCUUUGUUUUUUAAUCCAGAACUCUGCUGCCAAAGGCCAAAGCUCACAUCGUUGAGACAUUUUCAGUUAGAUUCCAUUCUUCUGUGCACAGGGCAAGAAAGGCCUAGAUGCAUGGUGCACUGCAAGGUGCAUAAGGGGCAGCCGGGGGUCCUGGCCUUCUAUUCCCAGUGACCUCUCACUGUCGGGGCACGGAGCUAGUUAGGUCUUGCUGUGUCCCCUCCUCUGUAUUCCUAGUGGGGCUGGCUGCCCAGCGCUCCUGUAGGUUCUGGUGGCAUCUCAGGGAAACAAAAUGCUGACUGUUGCCCAGUGGAGGGGUUUUGAGGGAGCUCAGCAGGUAGCUGCUAUGUAGACUGCAACUGAGGACUGGGCAUAGUGAGGUUUCAUCUGAUUUUCUGAGAAGAAGGAAUCCUGUGUGGAAUUUUGAACUCUGCCCAUGUUCUCUAUUGUUCCUGGUCAUAAAUUCCCUGGAACCUACUAGGAAGAUACUUAGGAGAAUGAAAAUGGUCACUUCAGGGCAAAAAGCCAGACCCCUAGAACCUAGGGGCAGUCUAAGCUGCAACAGUUCUGAUAAAAUAGGCUAUCUGGUUUGGGAUAGGUUAUUUUUUUUAAAGGAGAGGAUCUCAAGAGGAAGAUCUAUGUCCUUCCUUUGCUGCCUAAUUCCCUCUUCAUAGCCUUUAGCCAUUUGAUACCUAGGAGAAAAGGAAGGCCAGAGGUUCAAGUAGGACCCGUGAGUUUCCCAAGAGCUAGAAAGAUGCUAAGCUAACAAGGGUCCUAAAGUAUUUGCCCUGAUUCUCUACUAUUUGGAGGUUGGCAGGAUGGAGAAUACCAGUUUGAGAGAAAAUAGAAGAAAUACUGUUUCACUGGGAAAAGAUCUGUUUGCUUCUUUCCUACCCAGCAUUUGGUUCUUUCUACCCAUUCUAUUGUGGCCACUGUGGGAGAGGCCAGACUAGAUUGCUCCUUUGCUGAUUCUGGGUCACAUUCCAGCAGCUAGGUUUAGACUGAGAGAGCAAAUAUGUCUCUGCAAACCAAUCAAAAGCCACAACCCCCAGGCCUCUUGGGGAGACAGAUGGUGACUGGCAAGGACCAGAGAGUAAAAAUUAUGCUUGGUCAAGAGGAAUAAAUGUGGCUCUGUCCAGAGAGAACCUUGAAAACCUUCUUUUGAUGCAUCCAAAUUGUAUUGCUCCAGCCUUUUAGGGCAACUUGCUUUGGCUUGCUCUUGACACUAGCUAGACAUCUAUAUCAAAGACUGUUAUCGCCAUGUAUCUGUAAAGGUCAUCUUCUUCCCACAUCUUUACUGGGUUCUGAUGCUAUCUGGUAAUUCAGAUUCUGGGGCUGAGAAGAAGAGAAGAGAACCAGGAACUCAGCAUGACUUGAAACAAGUUACACCAGAGAGAGAUUAUAAACUCCAUCUCAGUGGCACACUGGUUUCCCUAAACUUCAUAAAAGACCAGAAGCCAUGAAUCUGAUGACUGGACAAAGUCCAGUGAGAAGCACACUGUUAUGUGAGUGGGGAGAGACACAGCAAUGCUUAUGAAUGGGGUACAGAAUAUUCUUUGCAUCGUAGGACAAAACACAGGUUUAAUCUAGUCUAGACACAAGAUUCUUCUUUCUCCUCUUGAUAAGGAAAGCUAGCAGAAAGUUUUAUUUAAACCACUUCUUGAGCUUUAUCUUUUAGAUAAUAUACUGGAGAAACUUUGGAAAACAAGUUCAAGCUGAUAUACAUAUACGUAUUUUUUGAUAAUGUAAAUACAACAGCCAAAUGUUAAUCCACCCUGCACUGCUCUGAGCGAAUAUACUUUGAAAAAACAUUUGUUAGCUAAGAGAGAAGGCUUUUUUUUUUCUCUAAACAGGAAUGUAAAUGUCUAUUUUACUGGAAAUAAAUUUCUGCUAUUCUUUGAUGAAAAAUGAAAUAUAAGACAGGCUGAUGACAAAGCGUCUGUCUUGCAGAUUGGGCAUUUUUAUUUUUAAAUAUGAUCCUCAUCCCCUCUCCGUAAAGUCCCAGCAUGUUACAGUAAGGGUUGGAGUCAAUACGCACUGGUUGGAAAGUGACUCUCUAGUCAUAGGGAGAGGGGUUUUAGAACCCAGUCCAAUCUUUUUUUAAAAAAAAAACAGAAAAAGAGCCUGAAGCCCAGAAAAAUAAAGUGACGGCCAAAAUCACAUUUAGUGACAGAAACAGGCUUAAAACCUGGGUUGGAAGACCGUCCAGUGCUGUGUGCCUCAGGAAGAAUCAACAAAUUAAGGACUGCUAAUUAAGGGCAGGCACCAGAAUGCUAGAAAGGACAGAAUUCCCUUCUGGAAUCUGCAGCAAGGCUAGGGAGAGCAUGAAGACAAAAAUAGGAACCUUACUGGUCUUCUGUACUUCUGAGUUAUUUAGGUCUAAGACUUAAAUGAACAAUUCUUUUCUGCUAAGAAAUAAGUUUUGAAUGAGCUUUUACAUAUAGAUCUUCUGAGUAGGACUAAGGAUCAAAGGGAACAAGACAGGGGGAAGGCAGGGGGGCAAAAGUAAAGCAAUGUCUUUCAUCACUGUCAUUAGCUGAUUCACUCAGGUUUGGUGAAAACCCAACACUGAGUGAAAGGAGGGGAUUACUAUUUGCUCUGGGUCUUUUUUAAAAUUAGUGAAUGUUAAACAGUUUGCCCAGGAGACUGGGGGAGCAUGUGUCUUAGUGGACAGGGGUCUAAAGUACACUGGAAUUUACUGAGAAACUUGUUUGUAAAGACUGUACUUAAUUAUUGCCGUUUUCUUACAAAAAUAUAUUUUGGAAAAUUGUAUACUGUCAAUUAAAGUGCUUUUGUCUAA